AUGGCGCCGAUCGCAUCCACGUCCAAGGCUCCGGCCGCGGUCAAGCUCACCGCCGCGGAGAAGAGGCUGAUCGAGAUUGGUCUGGCCGCUCCGAAAGGCGUAUGUUCAUCGUCGCCUUGCUCUCCUUGGGUGUGCGGUCUCACCCUUUUGGCUUCGAUCAAGACUGACAGCAUCCUACUUCUGUGCGAAACGCAGCAAAUCACCCAAGCCGAGCUGUUGGCCAAGUCGAACCUCACCACCCAGGCCGUCGCCGAUGCGGUCAACUCGAUCCUUCGAAAGGUCCGUUGAUCCUUUUCUCGUGUGGUCUAGCAUCGCUGACGAGAAGCAACUACUCUUGAUCAAACACAGAACCUGGUCCAACUGCUCCGCACCUCGACCGGUUCAGUCGAGUUCCGCUUCAUCGCCAAGGAGGAAGCAAAGGCGUAAGCUCUGCCAAAGUGAAAGGCGCUCGUCUGCACUAGCUCAGUCACUGUUUUUACACAGAAUGGGCGCGAUGGACUCGGAUGAGAAACUCGUCUUGGAUCACAUCAAGGAUGCCAACAACAAUGGUGGGUUUUGUUCAGCGAGUGGGCGGAUGGACCAUCUGCGGAACAUCUAACGUGAACGAGCAAAUGUUGACACCAAACUCCUCGUUUGAACACCCCAGGUAUCUGGACCAAGUUCUUGCACAACAAGACAGGAUUGCCCCGUACGACCAUCAACAAGGUGCUCAAGACCUUGGAAGGGAGGAAGGUCGUCAAGACUGUCAAAUCCGUCAAGGUGAGUAGCCGAUGGCUACUCCUAUCUCUUGGUGAGGACGACGACUCGACCAACACUCCUCUCCUCUCCCCGCGCCCUCGCAGCACCCUACGCGCAAGAUUUACAUGAUGAGCAACGUCGCACCUUCCGUUGAAUUGACGGGAGGUCCCUGGUUCACUGACAACGAGCUCGACAUGGAGUUUGUCGAGGCGCUCAAGAAGAUCACGCUCGCUUACUUGACCAAGCAGGUGCGUAACCCGCCGAGGCUCAAGCUCAGAAUGUCGGAAGAACACCAAACUGAUCCUUUGUCGUCUCCUCAUCAGACCCGCCCAAGAUCCUACAAGAACAAAAACGCACAACCGAACGAACUGCCUCGCUUUCCCCUCUGGCCCGUCAGCGCCUCCCCGCGCCUCCCUCGCGUGCGCGACGUCUUGGACUACAUCACCGAAUCCGGCAUCGCCGUCUCGGUCGAACUGAACGACGAGCACGUCGAGUCGUUGCUGGAACUGAUGAUCUACGAAGGGACCGUCGAACGCAUCUUGGUUCAAACCCCGGCUGAUCAAGGUGCGCGUAGGAAAAAGAAGGACGGAGCGGGUAAGAAGAGGAAGAGAGCCAUGGUGUCGAGUGAUGAGGAGAACAGUGAUGGAGGGGCGAGGAGAAAGAAGAAGACCAAGAGCAAGAAGGGGUUCGCGGGACGCCGUCGUGCGACCAAUGGCAAGGCGAGGAAAAGGUCGAGGUUGGAUUCGACGGCUUUGGAUGACGACGAUGAUGAUGAUGACGACUCGGAUGCUUCGGCCGAUUUUGAUGAGGAUGAAGAGAGAGGGUCGGAUGCCGAUGAUGAUGCGGGAAAAAGUAAGCGCAAGAAGAAGGUACGGACCAAGAAGCCUCUACGCCAGGUCAAGCCUGAAGACGACGACGCGUCGUCCGUCACGAAUGAUUCGACCUCUGAAUCAUCGGCUUCGGAUCGCGAUGAGGAUGACGAAGAGGAGGAAGAGCGAUUGGCUGCUUUGCGUCAUCAACGUGAAGGAGGUGUCAACGAUUACGUCUAUCGCACCAUUCGGGAAUAUCACCCCGUCAUCGGAUGGACCGACAUGCCCUGCGGCAAAUGUCCCGUCGAAUCGUUCUGCUGCGAGCCACCUCGUCGAUUCGCUCAAGCUUCAGCUGUGAGCGCCUCUCGUGGCUCUCGUCGACCUGGCUUCCUGUCUUCGGGUCGACCCAAGAUUGGGAUCGAGCUCGAAGGAGGCAUGAAAGGUGUCGGAAUGAUUGGUGGUGCAGGCGCAGCGAUCGGCAUUUCGACGGCCAAAUGGGGCGAGACGAAAGGGGUCGUCGGCAAUGGCGUCGCACCCGUCAACCCGAGGGAUUGUCAAUACUUUAAGAAGUGGCUCGACUUUUAA